CACACAGAGGAGGCAGUGUGUGUGUGUGUGUGUGUCAGAGUCAGAGCAGAACAAACACUCUCGCUCGGCUCUCCUCUUCAGUGACGAAUUUAGCCGAAACGCGACGACACACUUCGGAAACAUCGAAAGAGGGAAGUUUCAGCCGCGGAGCUCGGGCGUCAUGUUCAGCUGGGUCAAACAGGAGCAAGGUGGACGCAACAAGGACGGAGAGAUGUACCAGACGGUGACGGAGGGACUGCAGAGCCUCUACACCAAGAAGCUGCUGCCGCUGGAGGAGACUUACCUCUUCCAUGACUUCCACUCCCCGGCGCUGGAGGCCGCGGACUUCCAGAGCAAACCCAUGGUGCUGCUCGUCGGCCAGUACUCCACCGGGAAGACCACGUUUAUCAGGUAUCUGCUGGAGCAGGACUUUCCCGGGAUGAGGAUCGGACCGGAGCCGACCACCGACGGCUUCAUCGCCGUCAUGUACGGCGAGAACGAGGGCAUCGUCCCCGGCAACGCCCUGGUGGUCGACCCGAAGAAACCCUUCAGGAAACUCAACGCAUUUGGAAACUCCUUCCUCAACAGGUUCAUCUGCUCUCAGAUGCCCAAUCAGGUUCUUCAGAGCAUCAGCGUCAUCGACACUCCAGGUAUUCUGUCAGGAGAGAAACAACGCAUCAGCAGAGGUUAUGACUUCGCGGAGGUGCUGCGGUGGUUCGGCGAGCGCGUGGACCGCAUCAUUCUGCUGUUCGACGCUCACAAACUGGACAUUUCAGACGAGUUCUCUGAGGCCAUCAGAGCGUUCAAAGGUCAGGACGACAAGAUCCGUGUGGUCCUCAACAAGGCCGACCAGGUGGACACUCAGCAGCUGAUGCGGGUGUACGGCGCCCUCAUGUGGUCACUGGGCAAAGUGAUUAAUACUCCAGAGGUGGUGAGGGUUUAUCUGGGUUCUUUCUGGGCCAAACCACUGCAGAACACAGAGAACAGGCGUCUGUUUGAGGCGGAGUCUCAGGAUCUGUUCCGGGACAUCCAGAGUCUUCCGAGGAACGCCGCGCUGCGUAAACUCAACGACCUCAUAAAGAGAGCUCGUCUGGCCAAGGUUCAUGCUUACAUCAUCAGUUACCUGAAGAAGGAGAUGCCGUCUCUGUUUAGUUCUCUGCUAGAGAGGGAGCACCACAUCAGCCCCGGAGACUUCCCCAACGUCACCAAGAUGCAGGACAUGCUGCAGCACUACGACUUCAGUAAGUUCCCGUCACUGAAGGUGAAGCUGAUCGAGUCGGUGGAUAAGAUGUUGGCCACAAAGAUCGCCGUCCUGAUGACGAUGAUCCGCGAGGAAGAGUCCAAGCAGCCGCCGGCCAUGGUGUCGGGCGGAGCCUUCGAGGGCUCGCAGGACGGACCCUUCGGUCACGGCUACGGCGAGGGCAUCAGCGCCGGGGCCGACACCGAGGACUGGAUCGUGAGUCGCGACAAACACCGCUACGACGAGAUCUUCUACACGCUGAUGCCGGUCAACGGCAAGAUCACCGGCGUCAACGCAAAGAAGGAGAUGAUGAACUCGCAGCUGCCGAACUCGGUGCUGGGGAAGAUCUGGAAACUGGCCGACUGCGACCAGGACGGGAUGCUGGACGACGAGGAGUUCGCCCUCGCUCAGCACCUCAUCAAGGUCAAGCUGGAGGGAUACGAGCUCCCCACCGACCUGCCGCACCACCUGGUGCCGCCCGCGCACCGCAAGAACCUCACGGCAGACGCUCUGUACAACCACGCCGACGACUAGAGCUUUCAGCAGCAGCAGGAGGAGGAAGAGGAGGAAGAGGAGGAGGAAGAGGAGGAGGAGGAGGGGCUUCAGCAGCAGCAGCAGGAGGAGGAGCUCCUUGUCUCUGCUGCUGAUGUUCGGUCUGCAGACUGACGCUACAAAAGGUCAAAGCUCAGUUGUUUGUAAACUGAGGAGCGUUGUCAUGGCGACCACCCAGCAAACAGACUGAGACUAAAUAUUCAGCUUUUAUUUUGGUAAGAGAUUUUAUAUAUAUAAAUAUACGUGUGUGUG